GGCGCUGCCCGCGCGUCCUCGGCUCCAGAGCGGCGGGCGAUGCGCUUCCUCCGCUGAGCGCGCCCAGGGCCGACCGGCAGCAUGACGGUGGAGUUCGAGGAGUGCAUCAAGGACUCGCCCCGGUUCCGGGCAACCAUCGAUGAGGUGGAGACAGAUGUGGUGGAGAUCGAGGCAAAGCUUGACAAGCUGGUGAAGCUCUGCAGUGGGAUGAUUGAAGCAGGCAAAGUCUACAUCACCACCAACAAGCACUUUGUCAGCGGCGUCCGGGACCUGUCGCAGCAGUGCAAGAAGGAUGAGAUGAUUUCGGAGUGCCUCGACAAAUUCGGAGACAGCCUGCAGGAAAUGAUCAACUACCACAUGAUCCUGUUUGACCAGGCUCAGAGGUCAGUCCGGCAGCAGCUGCACAACUUUGUGAAAGAUGACGUCAGGAAGUUCAAGGAGACCAAGAAGCAGUUUGACAAGGUGCGGGAGGACAUGGAGAUCUCGCUGGUGAAGAACGCCCAGGCCCCCCGGCACAAACCCCACGAGGUGGAGGAGGCCACGGGCACCUUGACCAUCACCAGGAAGUGUUUCAGGCACCUGGCCCUGGAUUAUGUGUUGCAGAUCAACGUGCUGCAGGCCAAGAAGAAGUUUGAGAUCCUGGAUGCGAUGCUGUCCUUCAUGCACGCCCAGUACACCUUCUUCCAGCAGGGCUACACUCUGCUCCACGAGCUGGAUCCCUACAUGAAGAAGCUGGCCACGGAGCUGGACCAGCUGGUGAUCGAUUCUGCCGUGGAGAAGAGGGAGAUGGAGCACAAACACGCCCUGAUCCAGCAAAGGACCCUCCUGCAGGACUUCUCCUACGAUGACUCGAAGGUGGAGUUCAAUGUGGAUGCCCCAAAUGGAGUGGUGAUGGAAGGUUACCUCUUCAAGAGAGCCAGCAAUGCUUUCAAAACAUGGAAUAGGAGGUGGUUCUCCAUACAGAACAGCCAGCUGGUGUACCAGAAAAAGCUAAAGGAUGUGCUGACGGUGGUGGUGGAGGACCUGCGGCUCUGCACUGUCAAGCCCUGUGAAGACAUAGAGAGGAGGUUCUGCUUCGAGGUGGUCUCACCUACCAAGAGCUGCAUGCUGCAGGCUGACUCGGAGAAGCUGCGCCAGGCCUGGAUCCAGGCAGUGCAGGCCAGCAUUGCCUCUGCCUACCGGGAGAGCCCAGACAGCUACUACAUUGAGAGACUGGACCGAACUGCCUCCCCCUCCACGAGCAGCAUCGACUCCGCCACCGACUCCCGGGAGCGCAGUGGGAAGGGAGAGACCAUCCUGCAGAGAGUGCAGAGCAUCCCUGGCAACGACCAGUGCUGUGACUGUGGGCAGCCAGACCCUCGCUGGGCCAGUAUCAACCUGGGCAUUCUGCUGUGCAUUGAGUGCUCAGGGAUCCACAGGAGCCUGGGUGUUCACUGCUCCAAGGUCAGAUCCCUCACACUGGAUUCCUGGGAGCCAGAAUUACUGAAGCUGAUGUGUGAGCUGGGGAACAGCACCAUGAAUCAGAUUUACGAGGCACAGUGUGAAGAGCUGGGACUCAAGAAACCAACAGCAGGGAGCUCCAGGCAGGACAAGGAGGCCUGGAUCAAGGUGAAGUACGUGGAGAAGAAAUUCCUGAAGAAGCUGCCGAGCGGGGAGGCUCUGGCGGAGAACGAGCGGAAGCCUCGGCGCUGGUGCGUCAAGAAGUGCCAGAGGCACAACAGCGCCACGAAAGCACCCACAGCUCGGAGGAAGUACCGGCACGAGGCAGGGAAUGCCUCCCCAGCCCUGCUGUCCUCAGCAGCCACCCUGGAGAGGAAGUUCCGCCGGGAUUCCCUGUUCUGCCCCGACGAGCUGGAUUCCCUCUUCUCCUACUUCGACACCGGCGCCGGCUCCGGCCCUCGCAGUGCCAGCCACAUCCCUGAGCAGCACCCGCUCGCAGGUGGCCCCUGGAGUGGCAGUGGCAGUGGCCUUGGUCCCGGUGGGAGCGGUUCUCCGUUCCUCCUGGACGGAGGUCUGAGCAGUGACAGCGGGCUGGGCGGGAGCACCGACGGCAGCACCGACAUCCUGGUGUUCGGCUCCGUGGUGGACAGCGUGACAGAGGAAGAGUGUGAGGUGUCCGAGGAGUCCAGCGGGGAGGCAGAGAUUGAACAGGAGGCAUCCGACUUGGAGGACCUGAGGGAGCUGCACCCUGGCUUGUUGAUCUACAAGGCAGCACAAGCCCGAAAUCUGCCCCUCAUGGCAGAAGCACUCGCCCACGGUGCUGAGAUCAACUGGGUGAACGACGAGGAUGAGAACAAAACUCCUCUGAUUCAAGCUGUGAAGGGGGGCUCCUUGAUAGCCUGUGAAUUCCUGCUGCAGAACGGGGCAGACGUGAACCAAAGAGACAGCAGAGGCCGGGCCCCCCUGCACCACGCCACGUACCUGGGGCACACUGGCCAGGUGUGCCUGUUCCUGAAGAGAGGGGCCAACCAGCACGCGGUGGACGGCGACGGGCAGGACCCGCUGAGCAUCGCGGUGCAGGCGGCCAACGCAGACAUCGUCACCCUGCUGCGUCUGGCUCGGAUGAACGAGGAAAUGCGGGAAGCAGAGGGUCCCUUUGGACAACCAGGGCAAUAUCCCAGCAACAGCCCCACUGAGCUGCAGUACAGGAAGUGCAUACAGGAGUUCAUCAGCCUUAAUAUAGACGAGUGUUAGUGACAACUCCCCCGUGUCCCCUCUGCUGUCUUGAAGUUGGGCUGAAGUUUUCCAGAAGCCCUGAGAAGCCCCAUCCUUGGUAUAUUGGUGUUCCUUGCAGAUUGGUCUGUUUUUGAUGCCUGCACAUUAUAGGUUGAGCUGCACACAGGAAGGACAAAGGGAGUCUUUUCCUGUUAAGCAUUAAGUUCUCAUGCUUGACUACUGGAUGGUUGGUUUUUUGUGUAGGAGACUCCCAGGGCAUGACUACAGACCAUGGCACGUGGACUUGAGUGUGUGAGAAGUGUGGGAGGCGAGUUUAGCAUUAAAAAUAAAAGGAGACAAAAAAAAAAAAAAAGAAGAAAAGAAAAAAAAAAAAGAGAAAAGGAAAAGGAAACCUUCUCUCAUCAGGAGAAACCCACCAAGAACAUGAUCAGACGAAGCCGUCUCUGCCUCAGGGCGCUGAGUUCUUGUCUGAACAGUUGGCCUGGGAGGGAUCCUGGCGUGGAGCUCUGGGUCCUGGCAGCGUGACCAGCAGUUUAGAAAACUUCAGAGCUGACCUCUGAGUCAGGAACAGGCUGCUCUGUGGGGCAGAGACGUUUUGCUCCACAAGGCACAGAGGGGGUAGGGCUGAGAGCGACGGCUCCUCACCUUCAUUGCUCUCAGGACUAAACCAGCCACCCUCCCCUUAUUUUUUUUUUUUUUGCCCUCGGUGAUUUAGCUGGUCAAAGCCAUAGCUCCCCGCUUCCUGGGCCAAGAUGCAAAGUGCACAGUGUUGUGGAAGCAGCAGUGCUGAUUUUUUGGAGGCCGGGAGAAGCUUGUCGCCGGCGAUGGGCUUUGUGUCAGGGAAGAGAAGCCACGUCCAGCCCCCACCACGGCCAUGCCUGCAGUUGGACUUCAGCUCAGUUUGUGUCCUGGUCACCUCAGAUUUUCUGACAGCACCCCUGGGAAGGAGAAUUCCACUUGCAUGUGUUCCCUCUGUGCUCACCCCCUGCAUGCCAGAGUGUCUCAGCAGCUGGCCCAGGGGCUCUGGAGUUCCCCGGUUCCGGUGACCAGCAGAAUCUUCUCGGUGUUCCUUUCCUUUUCCUCGUGUUAUUCUUGGCUGGAGUGAGGGAAUGUGGAUCUGCUCAGAGCACUUUGUUGCUGUGUCGAUGGUCUGUGUCUCUGCAGAGCUGCUGGAGCUCUGUCAUCCUGUCUUGGGAGGGCUGGCAGAGCACAGGUACCACUGGUGUCCUCUGGCUGGGAGCUGAGCUGUGCUGCUGGAAGAGCCUCUUUCCAACCUCCCCAACCACAAUUGGCAUCAGAGUUUGUCAGGACUUGUGGGUGACAGUCCCCUGCCUGGGCACCGAGGCUGCUGGCUCUGGGGUCAGGCCAUAGUGCCUUAUGGAUUGUCCUGGGAUUUUGAGGGGAUCAAGAGCUUGUGAGAAAAGCAAGAAUCCCAGGCAGACUUCCCUGUCCUCCUGCAUUCCAUCAGCAGUGAUAAAAAAUCAGCUUAUUUCUCAUCCAUUGCACAUUUGACUUCACAAUUUUUGCAGCCUGGCUGCUGCCCUGCUCACCCCUCAGUGGCUCAAACCCCUACAAAGGGAAACCUUUGUAGGUUUUGUUUCUGUUGCUCUAAAUGUGCCCUCAGAGACUGAACCAGCAGCACUCGGUGUCCACCCACAGAGCUGCAGGUGGAUCAAUAAACUCCACUCAGUCUCUUGUAGGGUCCUCUCAGUUCAAGGGACAGUCCCUGCUUCCUUAGGAAAGUGCUGUCCCAAGUUCUCCUGCAGCCAGAGCAGUUUUCUGGCUGUGCAAUCUGGAUCUGGAGGUUCAUCUUUAUCUUGUUGCUUUCUCAUUCCCGUUGGAGCUCUGGGAUGAGUCCCAAGGGCUCAGUUCUGAUCCCAGUGUCUGAAUCUGGAAUGGUCCUGGAAUGGUCCUGGUUCUGAUCCCAGUGUCUGAGUCUGGAAUGGUCCUGGGGGCUCUGCAGUGCAAACACUGCCCCCAGGGCCUUUCAUGCUUCCUGAAAUAAGGAACAAUCUCCUUCCAGCAGUCUUGGAAAAUGAAAAUUCUCCCUUUUUAGCUGCUCAAUGCCUGGUCUGAAACUAUCCUGUGGUCUUGGAGCAGGCAGUGCUCCCUCUGAACUUUUCCCUGAGUGAAAGCUGUAGGACAGGCCCUGCAGCUGGCAGAGGGCAGAUCCCUUGGUCUGCUCAUCCUCUGCCCAGCUCUGGCACCCUCAGGAGUGACUCAGGACCACGUGUGGGAUAGAGCAGCAUGGCAUAAAAUGCCAUCCUUGCUGCACUUCAGAGGAGCUGGGAUGUGUAAAUCCUUGGUUCAGGGGACAGCUGUGAGCAGGGACUUGAUUGUAACUCCCAUGGGUGACUCUGGAGUCACCCCUGGAUGGAGAGGGCUCACUGCAGGCAGGAGCUGGGUGAGUGAUGCCAAAGGCAGGCAGACAUGCCCCAUGUGUGGCAGUGCCACUUCUUGGUCUCCCUCAGCUUGCACUGACCAUGCCCUGGGUUAAACAUCCUCCUGCCCCCCGUGUGAGGGUGUAGCAUCUCUUUCCUCUGUGUUUCUCAUGCAGGAUCCAGAGAUUACCACUUUCCAUGCUCGAGGUGCUUCAUCUUUCACUCAUUUCCAUUGGGAUUUGGCUUCUUUCUGAUCCAAACCACCUCAAGUUCCAAUUGUUUCCUCUCCCAGAGCAGGGUGGUGCCUUCACUUGUGUGUCCCUCCCUUCCCUGGCAGCUGCACCCCUUUGCUCUGCAGCUGCUGGAGGUGCUGCAGUUCAGUCUGAGUGUGGCCAGGAGCAAACCUGCAGGCUGGAAAUCACAGGGGAGCAAAGCCCUGCAGCCCUCCCUGUCCUGAGAUGGGGUUGGCUGCUGGUGGCCAGUGGUGCUGAGCCUGUCCCCAACCCAGCAGUGCCCUUCAGGACUGUGCUGUGCUCAGGGUGACAUCCUGCCAUCCCCCUGAGCACUUGGAGUGCUCUACACAACCCUCACCCAGCCACGAGCUCGCUCUGCUUCUGGGGUAGGAGCUGAGAGAUUCCCUGCAGUGAAUCCUCCCUCCAGCCCUGUCCCCUUUUUUACUGACCUGCAUCGAUCCAGACAGUUUUUUUGGUGCUGAUGUGCCCUCAAGUCGUGCCCUUCCCACGCUGAAUCCGAGCUGGCAUCCUUCAGGGUACCUCAAAGAUCUCCAGAGUGAAAUAACUGUUUCACCACUGCCAUGGUCCUUGCUCUGUUCAUGGAUCUUUGUUCCAGCAAUGGGUUGUUUUUUUUUUUACAUGUACAGCAACUUAAAACACCCCAAUUGGGUUUUUUUUCCCAGCUUUUUAGGAGAAGUUAAGAAAAUACAAAACUGAUCCUUUCUGUAAGCCCGGGAGAACUGUGGCUUCCACUUUGGGUCGUUUUUAUUUCGUGGGAACAUCCAAAAAAAUCAUGUACAGUUUGGUCCUUUGAAGCUCAGACUCACUGCUGAAGUACAUGAAGUUAAAGCAAAAUGUAAAUACUGAUGCAGAAAGCAGUGUCUUGCAAGACAAUUUAUCUAUUUAACAUGUAUUGGUACUUUAUUUAGAUUCAAUGUAUAAAGCAACUUUGUGCACUUUUCCUACAUUACAGUAUUGGGGGGUUUUAUGUUCUUUUGUUAUGGGUUUUGUGCUGUCUUUUUUAAUCAGUGAAAUUGUUAAGUAUUUAAUUUAUUAUUGAUGUGCCCAGAGGACUAGUGCAAUUUUUAUUCAAUACAGUUGGUCUGUAUUUAAUGUCAGGAUUUUUUUUUGUAGCAUUGUUAGGGAAUAUUUUUCAAAACCUGCCUUUUUUCCCCCCCUCUCCCCCCACAAUUCUCCUUUCUUUUCCCCCUCCCCUUCCUCCCCUUUCUCUUUUGUUUUCAUUAUACAGAUCAUGAGGCAUUAAAUGCUUCAAAUUCUAAAUAUAAACCCAACACUCGAGUACAUCCCGCAGUUUCCAAAACAAAAUUAAGUUCUCCAGGAAAAAAAAAACAUGCUAAGGAGGCACUUCUCAAUGUUUUCUGUGUUUCUUUGAUUUGGUUUUUAUUUUUUUUUGGCUUGGGGAGUGUGUGUGUGUGUGUGUGUGCCUUUCCAAGUUUGCAGGGGAGAGUGGGGAAGCUGGACAGAAAAUUUUGCUUUCAGCGAAGGAAACAGCUCACCAGGCUCCAGGGAAACCAGAAAUCCAAUAUUUUCUCCUUUCCCUGCUUCCAGUACAGCUGGAUUUGUGUUGUUUUGAGCUGUCUCAAUGCCAGAAUUGCUCUUUUUUUCCCCCACUCUUGUUUCUUUUCAAAGAGGGCAGGUUUGUUUUCUCUCUCUGACGGUGACUUGGUUGCAACCACAGAUAAACAUGAGGAGAUUUGCCUUUGUCUAGAAAGCAACGUGCCAGGCAUUGCCCAAACCAUCACAUGGAUCCUUCAUCCUUUGAGUUUUUGACCAUCUGGGUGAAUAUUUCUCUACCUGUCCUCGCUUUUCUCUGACCCAACCCUUUAACCAAGUGCCUGGACAGGUAGGUUUGAAUCUUUGGGGUCUUGCCACACACGUCCCUGAUUCCAGGUGGGAUGAGUUCAGGGUUGCUGGCAAGUAGAAAUGAUCCCCUCUGUGUUCCCUCUCAUCCAGGGAAGCCUCAGGUUAUUUUAAUUUUGCUGGCUCUGAGAUGGUCCCUGCAGUGGGGGACUGAGGGGGAAAAAAAUGGAAUUGGAAGAAUUUAAAGGCAUUUAAAGAAUGUCUUUAACAAAAAAAAAAGGAUAGGAGAAGCUGAGGCUGUGAUGAGUGUAAAAUAAAAUCACUGAGGUUGGAAGAGACCUCUGAGAUCAUCGAGUGGAUGAUCCUGCAGGUUUGAAGAGAGAGAUGAACAGAUGAUUUUUUGAAGAACUAGAUCAGUAAACAUCUCAGAGCAGCAAAACUGGCCGUUAUUUAUGCAAGAAAAAACCCCCAGGACCUCCUAACGAAAUGCACUGAUGAACUCCCUGUCCAGUGGCCACGACGUGGCUGGUCCCUGCCAGGCCCCUGGGCUGUCCCCAGCCCACGUGUCCCCUCACUGCCCGAGCAUUCUUGCUUUCAACCAAAGACAAAAACAGGCUGAAAGGUGACAUUCAACCGUGGCUUAGCUGGUGACAAACAUCCCUGUGAAAUGUGUGUGAGUGUGGUGCUGUCACAUGGAGAGGGGGGGGGCGUGGGAAGGAGGGACUGAGCAGCAGAAGGGAGAGGGGGAGUUCUGGACAAACACGUUUUUGGGGUGAUUUUUUUUUUUUUUUUUUUGAGAUUCCAAAAUACAGGAGCACUGUUUCCAUAGGAACAGGGCUCACAGCAGUCUGCCUGCUGGGAAUUUGGGCUGGGGUUACACCCUGCUGGGAAUUUGGGCUGGGGUCACACCUGUCCUGAGCUGUGCUGGUGCGAAGACGGGGCAGAGAAUGGUUGUGGGGAGGGAACGAGGAGCCAAAGGGUUGGAGCCAAGGGAAUUCCCAAGGCACGAGGAGGACCACGAGUGCUCCCAGUGCAGCAGUUGGGAUGGACAGAGAGGAUUUCUGGAGCAGGAGCAUUUGCUCCACAAACCCAGCACUGAGAACCUUCCUCCCCCCAGGGGCCAGGACAGAGCACGUUUGGGUUCCAAGUCCUCCUGCUCCCGUAGGUGACCCUUGGGAGUGACCUCUGGUGUCCCUCAGAUUGUCCAUGGCUCUGUGGACCUUUUAGUUGACUUCCACCCAUCCCACAGCACGCAGUGUUGGUGUGGAUUCCCUACCCUGGGGGUGCUGGAUCCCGGGAAUUGCUCCAGCCUUUCCUUCCGCAGGGUCGCCCUCCUGGCAGCCCCUUCCUGGGGCUCCCAAACCUUCCUCUCCAAACAGCACAGGGACAAAGGAGUCCUGUAGGGACAAAGGAGUCCUGUAGCCAGGCCAGAGCUGCUCAGAGUGGUUGGUGGCCCCGGGGCUGUGCCACUUGCUGUAAAUAAAGCUGUAACCUUAUUAACCUCCUCCCUUCACUUGCCUGCUUUCGGUACAACUUUGUAACAGGUUUUUUAAUCCCCCCCCCUUUCCCUUCACAGCCUGUACUGAACUGUAACCAUGGAACCAGAUAUUCUCUAUGUUAUUAUCUUUGUACAAUUUUAAAACUGUUGCUGUGGUGUCUGCCUUUUUUCCCCUCUUCCUCCCUUCCCUUCUCUUCUAUGGUCUCUUGAAGCACUGUCAAUAAAAAUCUAGAUAAACUCCU